AUGAAGUGUGCCGGCAAGCAGACGCCGGUUGGUCUGACAGCCGCAUUCUCUCUCUUUCAGGUCGUCAAAGCGCCCUCGCCGUGUGACGGGGUCGAGCCCGACGUCGCUCGCCGCUUCCAUCCCGCCUUCGGAUUGGACGAGGUUGACUCAUCUUCCCAGCCCAGGGCCCUGCUGACCGGCCGUCGCACGGUGGCCCCUUUGCGGGUCUGCCUCGUGCAAACGAUGAUGACGACAACGGCGACGGCGACGGCGAUGACGCACCCUCCACGGCUGAAGGUGUCGCAUGCCGACAGUCGCGCCGGUCUCACCUCGAGACGCAACAGACAGCUCCAACGACCGAGGAGGGGCGAUGAGCGAAAAGGCGAAAGCGACGGCGACGGCGAGGGAAAUGGCGGGAGCGACGGCGAUGCGAUGAGUCACCCGCUGUCGGACGAGUUGGUCUGUCAGGUCCAGGCCUCAUCGCCUCAUGCCCUCGACGCCGCCUCGGCCAUCGUAUCCGCCUCCAGAGGCCUGACGUCUGCCGGUAUCUCAGGCGACGGUCAGGGUGGGGGUGGGCAAGGGGUACUGUCGGUGUCGGUGAAGCUAACGCCAGGCGAGCUGCAUCAGCUGGCCGAGUACUGGGAGCACGGUGUGUUCACGAGGUCGCGCAAUUGGGCCACGGGCCUGGCGAGUCUGGCCUCCGUCUGCCUCGUCUACUCGGUCUGCGCCAACACGUGGGUCUACCACGGACCAGGUAAGUGUCAUGAGAUGACAUGA